AUGAAAUUAGCGAAGACGGCCAGAGGUGUCCUUCAAAGCCUCCAGCCAAAACAGACCAGUCUACAGUCAACAAAGACCUCAAAGGCCUUGCUGUCGCGUUAUCAUGUCUUGCUGAGCGACUCCGGGCUGGGAGAUACGCCUGAGAAGGAAGCCGAACCUGAGUCUGCGUCAACGCGUCAUCGUCAUCGAGAGAAGGCACAGCGGGCCGCAGCAGGGACUCAAGGGAAGGAAGUGAAGGAGCUUCCCGGACAAGGCAACAUGGGGCACACUUCGAUUGCCAUUCACGAGGAUGCACAGAAACAGCCUCGUGUGGGUGAAAGAGAGGUACAGGACAUGGCGCAGCACGAGUUGGAAGAAGAGGACUCUCUCGACGAUCCUGUCUCAGAAGACUCGGACGAAAGCGACGACGACGAUGUCGACGAGAGCGUAGUCGAUGACAUGCGCAGACUCGAGGAAAGCUUCAGAGGCAUCUCCCAAAAGUACAGACUUAUCAACCGCAUUGGUGAAGGCACCUUCUCUACCGUAUACAAAGCCGAAGAGCUUGUUCAGCCGGACGAGCUGGACCAGGAGAAUGACGAUCCCACGAGCGAGUCCACUACGGACAUUCCCCCUACUAAGCGGCGGAAAACAAAUGGUUUCUAUCGUAUGGACAACAGAUCACGGAGGAGACCUAUGCUUGUCGCAUUGAAGAAGAUCUAUGUGACGUCCUCGCCUCACCGCAUCAUGAAUGAACUGGAGCUUUUACACGAAUUACGCCACUCACCAUACAUCUGUCCACUAUUGACAGCCUUCCGUCACCUCGAUCAAGUCGUCGCGGUGCUCCCAUACUUUAGACACCUCGAUUUUCGCCUGUACUAUCGAGAUUUUCUUAUCAAUGACAUGCGCCAUUACUUCCGUUGUCUCUUCAAUGGCCUGGCCCACGUCCACAAGGCGGGCAUCAUACAUCGCGACAUCAAACCCACCAAUUUCCUCUAUGACCACUCCAGGAGGCAGGGUGUUCUGGUCGACUUUGGCCUCGCUGAGCGGCAAGGCACAGACUGGCAACCAUGCCUCUGUACAGAAUCAAGGGAGAAAAGGAGAGACAAGUUUAUCAAUUCAUAUGCAGUGCAGGCCCUGCAGUCGUCGCCCGAGCAGGUGUCGACCGGGUAUCCUAAGAGUGACAGCCGACCAUCUCGAAGGGCAAACAGAGCAGGAACCCGUGGUUUUCGAGCGCCCGAAGUUUUAUUGAAAUGCACCGCCCAAACCACCAAAAUUGAUGUCUGGUCAGCCGGGGUGAUCCUCCUCACCCUCCUGGCGCGACGAUUUCCAUUCUUCAACAGCGCCGAUGAUGUUGACGCCAUGAUUGAAAUGGCUUCGAUAUUUGGCCGAAAGAAGAUGCAGUCUGUCGCGGCAAUGCAUGGCCAACUCUUUGAAACCAACAUCGAGACCAUUGGCGAACGCGGCUUCAGCUUUGAAAAAAUCAUCAUUUGGGCAAGUUGCCGCGAGAAAGAGCACGACAAUCUCCGGCCGGGAGAGGCUCAGGCAGUGUCGUUCUUGUAUGGCCUUCUCGAACUCGAUGCUGGGAAACGAAUGACUGCAAGGGAGGCACUGCAGCACGAAUUCAUUACGGCACCCGUGGAGGACGAGCAAGAGCGGGCCGAGAGAGAAGCGCAAGAGGCAUUUGAUGAAGAAGAGGCGAGAAGAAAACGUCGCUGA